CUUCCGUCUCGCUGCGCCGGCCUCACAAUCGCAGAAAGCGGGCGAGAUCGCCGCCAGAGCCGCCUCUUUGUAUGGGCCCGGAGUGGCAACGGCUCCACCGCUUCCCGCUCCUCACGGUCAGCGCGGCGGUCGCUGGAGUCUCACCGAACGCCAAUGCAUCGUGGACUGCCCAUCAUGAUGGCAGCACGGGCGGCAUGUUCCUCUUCAACUCAUCUACCAACGCCACCAAGACCCUGCUGGAUUCGCCGGCGCAGCAAGCGCUCUCGACCCGACUGGCAGACGGGGAGGCGCGUCGCAACGUGGUCGCGGGCAACGCGGUCGAGGGCGUGGAAGAGCGCAAGUGCCGCCGCCUCUGCGAACGCCUGAAGUCGAAGCGCGUACUCCCCUCGCCGGCACCCCAGUCGGUGCAGCGCGCUUGGCUGCAGAGCACCAUCGCGGCGCUCCCGUCGCCCGAGAUGCCCGUUGCGGAGCCACUGCGGUCCACCGACCUGCUGCCGCCGCAGUCCGCGUCGCCACCGCCGCCACUCGGCCGCGCUGCGGCUUCUCUCGGCCGCCGCCGCCGCAGGCAGCGGCCGCCGCCGCUUCAGGUUCCUCACGACCUCGAGGGAGGCAGGGAGGCACCGUUCUGAGCUCGCUGUCGCCGCUGCCGUGACUGCUCCGAGCACGCGGCGUAGAGGGGGCUACUAGGCGCCUGUGCAGUGCGGCUGUCGGGCUCUGGUUGGUCGAGUCUGUGAUGCGGCACCUGGGCUCUCGGCGGGGCGCGCGGCGCACGGCCACGGGUGGAGAGCCCCGCCACGAGAGAGCCAGAGAGGAGAUGCAGCAGGUUUCUGCGCAUCACAUCGACCUGUACCGGCUACCGGGCCUUGGCGCCUCUGCCUGGCUCGCUGCUACAUUUUCCGCAUUGGCCAGCCAUACGUACACGCACAACAUCCCCUCGGCCGAGGCCAAGACAAAAAGCUAUCGUGAUCUGUGGAAGGAGCGCGAGCUCUACUCCAGUAAUCGCAGCUGCACAGCAUCCGUUGGCAACGUGUCAACAAGAAAGAAUGUAAGGAUGGUAACAACAAGAG